AAAAAAGAAUUAGAACCAAUGCAAGAUUAUCAUUUAUUAAAUUGGCCAACAACAGCAUCAUUAAUCAAUAUACAAUUAUAUUUUCCGGAUUGGUAUGAGUGGGCACUGGCUCAUUGGGAGUCAUGUCGCCCGAAUCAUAAUCAUGAUCGUCAUUAUGAUGGUAUUAAUUAUGAUAAUGUUACUACACAAAAUUAUUUGUCAUCAAAGUGUAUUUGUCAUGAACAAAGUCCAUAUCGUCCAGAUGAAAAGUGGUCUCUUCAGAAGGCCUUAAUUUAUGCUGUAUCCAUGUUCAUCGACAAAUCAUGUACGGUUAACAAUUGGGCUGCUGGUU